AUGGCGAUGGAAGGCCAUUUCAGCGACCUCACCGUGUUCCUGAAGGGGAUGCAAGCCCGGAUCGAUGAUCAGCAUGAUGCGGUGAAGAAGACGUUGGAGGCAAACACUGAGAUGCUGCAGGAUCUGUCCGUUUGGAAGCCCAAGGUCCAAGCCGACGUUGAUGAGUUGCAGACCAGCAUUCGUGACCUCUGUUCGAAGAUCGAGAAACUGUCCCUGAAGCAAGAGGAACUGGCGAAUUCUUCUUACAAGGUGUUCGACGUUCAGCAUCUUAGCCUACCCGAGUCGGCUGUCGCUCCUCAGAUUGGUAAAUCUACGCCGGCAACUUCUGGGCCAAGUGGCCACGGCGAUGAACAUGGUCACCGGAGAGUGGGACACGGGGUAAUUACUACCUUCAUUCCUACCCCGGUCACAGCGAAGCUUCUAUCUACUCUAGCUGUCGGUAACCCAUCUGGUCACUUCACCCUGCAACAGGGGAUCAUCAAAUACAAGGGCAAGAUCUGGCUUUUGAGAGCACAACAACGUCAGAAAGCUCAAGCUGACAAAAACAGGACUGAACAUUCAUUUGAUAUUGGAGAUUCAGUUUAUCUCAAACUGCAGCCAUAUGUUCAGACAUCCGUUGCCACCAGAGCAAGUCACAAGUUAUUAUUUCGUUACUUUGGCCCUUAUCUCAUCAUAGCUAAAGUGGGCAAUGUUGCUUAUAAGCUCCUGCUGCCAAACACCACUAAUGUUCAUCCUAUAUUCCACGUGUCUCAGCUCAAGAAAGCUCUUCCACCAGCUGCCCAGGUUUCAUCUGAACUCCCUGUUACCUCUGAAACUGAUGCCUUUUGUUUUCCCAUCAAAGUGUUACAGCGCCGCAUGAAGCCUCAAGGUGAUCGUCUGGUUGUUGAAGUACUCAUUCAGUGGUCUUCCUGGCCACCCUCUAUGGCUACUUGGGAGCUCGAGGAAGAACUCAAGCUUCAAUUCCCGGUGGCACAGGCUUGGGGACAAGCCGGUUUUCAAGGGGGGAGGAAUGCCAGGAAGAUGAAGCCCUCGUCUCUGCAUCAGGACGGCGCCAAGCGAAGCAAGGAGGCGGGAAACGGAGACAUGUCAAGUGACGGGCCGCCAAAGGAAAAGGAUGGGCCAGGCGUCGGUCGGCCCAAGCGUGCACGCAAGCCCAACACCAAAUACACCGGGUCCAGCUGGGCGUAG